AUGCAAACAUCUUGUGAUAUUAGUGUAAGGCGAUUUAAUAUUGGUGAAAAGUUUUGUGCGCGUUGUUAUAUGCCCCGUAAACCAUUUUGGUGCAAAGCUACAAUUUUAAGUAGAGAAGGUAACAGAAUAUAUGCGGUUCCAGUUGCUGGUCAAGGUCUCUGCGAGCGACACGUAGACCAACUGCUGCAAUGUACGGACAGAGACAAACCACACGAGACUGCAAAUGACGUAUGUUAUGUAUCAGUAUUUCACCCGCAGUAUCCGACUGCCAUCUCCCCUGCACCUCCUCCCGAUGUUAUGCCAGAUAAUAAAAAUAACGCUCUGCCAGACAGCACAACAUCCUCGAACACGCAUUCUUGUGCCGACACAUCUUCACGAGAAGGCAGUGAGCCAACUUUAACGCUAGAUGCGGAUAGACGCGAGGCGGUGGUGGCAGAUGGGCAUAGUGUCUCUGUGGUAGGGAUAAUAAUCGAUCGAAAGGAUGGUGGGGAACAACCAGAGUCUGCUGUUGCACCUAAGCCCGGUCCUUCCCCUUCCACAAUGUGA